UGUAAAUUGUGCCUAGCGAUAUAGGAAACGUUAACAUUCCACUUCGCGAUUUUAGAUUAUGGAUUACCAAUUUUUACGACAAAUAGGAAUGAAAUCCCUUUCUUUCGACAGGAGAAAUUAAUGUUUAAUAGAACAAGGUAUACCUAUGCCACUGGUAACAUGCUCUUAAUAAAUGUCACACCAGUGUAGUGAAUCAACUUUAUAAAGUAUAAAUUAAUACGAGGCGACACAGAGUUUAUAAGACUUAGAGUUAGUUAGUGAUGUCUACUAUCCGUCGCCGUCAGUGCCGUCAAUUAUUUCAUAUUUCAUUGUUCUUAGUUCUUAGUCAAAGUGAAGUCAUAAUAUUAAUAAUAUUAUUAUUGAAUAUUCAUAAUUUAUAAAUAAUAACUGACCGAUUCAUAUUAUUGGUAGGGCCUGGGCCAUUGUCUUUUUAGCGUUAGUCUCUAUUGUCACAUUCAUAUUCAUAGUCCCUAAUACUAAUACUAAUACUAAUAUAUUUUUAUUCAUUAUAGUAUUAGUAGUAAUUCAGUAUUAGGCCGAAUGACUUGAAUAUUUUUUGUUAUAAAUUAUAAUAAAUCAUUGAUGAUAAAAAUAAAAGAACAUGACAUACCAAUUUCAGCACUCAGUGUCAGUAGUAUAAUUAUGAUACACGAAGUGGCUAUACUAUUUGAAUUUGGACAAAUGACAUCUGAAUAGUACUAGUACAGCCAUGUAGUCUAAAAGUAGGGUGACCAAAUCUGAAUCAUGAACUGGAAAAAACGGGACACAUCCAAGGAGGGUUUGGGGGGGGGGAUACCCUCCAGCUAGAGAUGGGUCCGGGGUCUCCGCCGGAAACUAUUUAUUGAAAUAUGCUCAUUUAAACUAUUUUGAGACCUAGAAAUCUUUUUAAAUUUACCUUCACUUUUGUAAUUUAAUUUAAACUCGGAGGCAUAUCAUAAACAAAAACAAUAUUUUUGCAGUAUUUAUUUAUAUACACACUAUACACAUUUUACAACAUAAUACAACACAAGAAAUUAAAUUUAUCUAGUCUAGGAUUUAAAUUGAGGAUAUUUGGCUGUUGUCCCAGCCAUUGUUAAAACCUCCUUCUGAUCUAAUAUAAAGUUGUAAAAAACUAGAACAGAAAAUGUGUUUCGUUUUAGAAACAGGACACUUUAGGCAUCCAGAGAGACUUUUUCAGGACACUGGGUACGAUCUGGAAAAAAACGUUUUUACAGGAUGUUUGGUCACCCUAGUCUAAAGGGACCUGGGUAGGAAAUGCUGCUAUUCGGAUCCAAGUCCCUUUAACCUAAAUGCUAUAUGGAUGUCAUUUGUGGCUAUUUGAAUUUGGAUAAAUGACGUCUGAAUAGCAUUUAGGUUAAAGGGACUUGGUUCCAAAUAGCAGCCAUUCAGACCUGAGUCCCUUUAGACUAAAUGCUAUUCAGAUGUCAUUUGUGGUUGUUUAUUUUAGUUAAACUGGAGAAGUAAGUUUACAAACAUAUAGUCCAUUCAAUUAUCUUUCAUUUGAUAAUUAAUUUUGUCUUACAAACCCAACAAUGAUAUUUUUAUUAUUUUUUAAUAAACCCAACCUCUCACUAUUUUCUGGGUCUGAAUCGUGGGUCCGAAUAGCCGCAGCCAUUAUAAUAAGUAUCAGUGCUGCCAGUUGGGUUAUGGCCUAGCCCUAUAGUCUUACACUCACACUGACUCAGUAGUGUUACAUAAGGACGUAUCCUUUAUGCCCGAAACUGUUUCAUUUUUCGAAAUAAUGGCUAUUAUUAUAUUAUAGACUGAGUCACAGUCUAUAAUAUAAUAAUAGCCUAUGCAAUUACUAUUCAGAAUUCCUUUCCAUGUCCAUAUUAUAUUAAUAAAUAUAGUAAUAUGAAUAUAUGUAAAUGUAUGGAUUCACUAAUUGUUUUAUAAUUUCUGUGUGUUUUUUUAAACUAAAAAUUAUUAGUGUAGGCUCUAUAAAUACUUAAUUAAAAACUCUUUGAAUUUUAAUAAAGAUUUAACUGCCUUGGCCUAGGCUAACUUACUAGAAUAGCUUCUAAUUAUUAAGUUUUAAACUUAUAUUAUAUUGAAUAAGCCAUAAUUAUUUAUGGGGGCAACUUAUCUUAUGCCUGAUAAUUUAUUAACCCUUAUUUAUUCAUAUUCAUUUCAUUUAAAUUUAAAGAAAACUGUUGACCUGCAAUUUAUUAAGGCCCAUAUCAAUGUGGAGUAUACCCCCAAAGGGAGCAGUUUAAUUAAUUUGAAAAAAUUUAGGAGGGGAAAUUUAGUCUCUGGGGAAAUUUUGGUACUUUGGUGAGGCAAAAAAAAAAAAUGGUACUUUUAAAUUCAGAAUUUUUAUCAUUAGGCCUACUGUAGCGUUAGGCUUGCAAUAGCCAAUAAUACCAGGUAUUAAGAUUUAUUUAAGAUCACAUACAAUAUGUCUUAUAUGUUCAUUUCUUUCUUCUUCAACCUUAAGGAGGCCUGUAGUUUAAAUGUCUGGAAACUAUUAUUUUGUCAUUGUUGGUCACCAUGAUAAUCCAGUUUAUGAGAUGGAGUUUUCUCCACCAAACAAACCCAGUGAAAAGGUUGGUUCAAAUUAAAGUGGAAUGAAAUUUAUGUUUUCCAUAAUAAGUUUAAAAGUACUGUUUAUUAUAUUUACAACUAUAAAUAAAAUUUUAGUUCAGAAGGAAGGCAUUUUAAGAAAAUUUGGUUUUUCUCCUAUUUAUUUCACAUAUCACAGUAUAAAUUUCCCAUUCAUCUGUAUGACCAUCAGUGGUGUAGCCAGACAUUUUGCCGCCCUGGGUGGACUUUGAGUUUGCCCACCCACCCACGAAAACACUCAGUACAUAUUAGUAUUAGGUGGUUUUAUUUAGCGCAUUACCCCAGCCUAGGGCUAGGCUCACUGCGCUUCACAUAAAAAUUAGCAAUUACAGAAAAUUAUACAUUUAAAAACAACAAUGGUAAAAAGCUUGACCUCACCCACCCAAGUACUACCCACCCCUGUUUAGCCAUGGACAGCAACCACCAGCAUCGAGUGUUGUUUAUCAGUUAUAUGGGGAGUGAGAAUGAGUCGGUAUAGUACAGUUUGAAGAGAUAGGUCAUGAGGGCAGUUUUGAAGGCUGGGACGGUUGGUAUAUUGCAGAUGUGUAAUGGGAUAGAAUUCCAUUGUUUUUGGGCACAGAAAGAGAAAGAUCGUUUAUCAUAUGUUUUAGUGCAUGUUCUGGGAUCAGAAAGAAUAUGCAUGUCUGUGGAAGAAUGAAGCUUUCUAGGGGUGAAUAGACAGAAAGAAGUUCAGUAAGACAAGAAAGGCAGGAACCAGAGAAAAAGUUGUGACAGAGAACAGACAUCUUGUAAUCAAUGUGUGCCUGUAUAAGGAGCCAAUGAGGUGAGGGAAGUAGUGGAGUGAUGUGAUCACAUUUCUUUGCCUUUAGAACUAACCUAGCAGCUGAGUUUUGAACUUUCUGCAGUUUUUCCACGAUAUGUUUUGGUGAACCUGACAGAAGAUAAUUACAAUAGUCAAGACGAGAGAUAACAGACUAGUGUUUUUGUUGCGCUAACUGUGAGGUAGUGGCGGAUGGAGCUGAUCUAACAUAAUGAAACCUGGAAUUAACUAACUUUGAAAUAGAGCUCUCCUGGGCAUAUGCACCAAAUCACUCCAAAACGGAAUACUCUUUUAAUCUGCAUGGUGGGGGUAAGAUAUCAAGGGCUCCAAAAGCUUUUGAUCCAAUGUGUUGACAGAGAACUAGGUACCCUCUCACGAAAAAUUUUAUAAAUUCAUUAUACAAGGAUUCAUUUUGGCGCAUGCCUGAAUUAAAUUUUGCAUCAUUCUACACUUAAAUUUUACAUUAGUAAAUAUAUGUACUUUUUAAAAGGUGCCAAUGUGACGUACCAGCCCUUACCAUCACAAAAAGCAUAUACUAUAAAUACUGCUCCCCAGGUGUGUCAAGUGGGUUAUAUUAGGAUUAAGGUCAAAUGUCUACAGAAGGGGUUUGUCAAUUCUGGAUUUUUUUAAAUUAUGAAAAUUAAUCGCAAAUAUUGAAGUGGUUCCAUGUUUUUUUUCAUCUUCUUUAUAGUUAUCAUACAAUAAGUUCAGUCCUUUUAGUCAAUGGGCCUCAAGGGGCCCCUGGUGUAAUACAAUGACUAUCUAUGGACAAUGCAUAGACAGCUACGUGCCUCAAAUACCUUAAUCUGAUCAUACAUCAUACCAAGGAAAAAUUAAAGUGAAAACACGUGAGAUUGUUUAAAGUCGUAUACCCAUGUGACAACCAAAUGAAACCAUGUCUUUUGGGUAACAAAAGGUGGCAUAAAAUAAAAUUAUUGAAAUUAUAAUCUAAAUAUUAUAUAGAUUUACUGAACCACUUGAUUAAAUUGCUGCUUCUCCUGGGUCCUAACUUCUGGUAGUUGUAUUUCUCAGCUUUUGUUUUUAACUCUCAAUGUGUUUUAAUGGAAUUUUUGUGCACCCAGGAAGGCUAAAGCAUACUUUGGGGGGGGGGGGGGGGGGGUGAGUGGUGGUUUUUUUUUUUUUUAAAAAUUGUGCCUCAUAUAACUGAUCUCACUCAGAUAAUGCAAAUAUGUAGCCCGUCCUCCAUGCUUUAUUCUAUAGUAAAAUUUAAAAAAAACACAACACCCUGCUUAGACUUAAUGAAACAAAAUAUGGUUUCGCUUGAAAGGAAAAGACAGGAAAACCCCCCCACAAAAGCGCAGUUCCUCAUUUAUUAUACUUUUAAAACCAAUAAGAGAUGUUUUGUUGAGGAUCAAAAUUCAAGCAAAUUUUUAUUAUUUAUAAAAUCAUUAUAUUAGAUUAUUAGGCCAAUAAGUUCAAUGAAACUUUGUAGAUCAAUUUUGAUUUCUUUUAUAAUAAAAUCUUGAUUCUUCACAACACGUUGUUUGACAACCACUGCUCUAUAUUAAAUGUUAUCUGUUUGUGUAGUUUAGUACAUAUGAAGUAGUUUCAUCUUAAUUUAGUUCCUUUGUUUCUAAUGACCUAGUCUAAUAUACCUUUUAAAUAUCUCAUUAGGUGUACCGUAGUUUCUGUCUACAAUCCAUUUAUGAUGUUCUGUAUAUAGUCUUUCUUUUCUAGUCCUACAAUAACUGCUUCUCCAUCUCAAAUGGUAGGCUAGUCUGCCUGGUAGUACGGGUAUAAAUAAAAUGAUUAUUAAAAUUUUUAUAAACAAAUUUAUUAGAAAGAUGACCAUCGCCAUCUGAACCAGUUCAUAGCCCAUGCAGCACUAGAUCUAGUUGAUGAACAGAUGUGGUCAACCAACAACAUGUACCUGAAGAUUGUGGAUAAAUUCAAUGAGUGGUUCGUCUCAGCUUUUGUUACAGCAGGACGUAUCCUUUAUGCCCCAAACUGUUUCAUCUUUCAAAAUAAUGGCCUGUAGACUCAGUGAUUGCAGUACUCUGUUUUUUUAAAAUUCUAGCAUCUUUAAUUUUAUCACUAUAUUUUUUAAUUGUAAUAAUCCCUAAAAUACCGACCUUUAGCUAAUCGGUGUGAGCUCUAUUUGCAACAAACCUUUUGGUUGUAAACGAAUAACUCUCCUUUCACCUGUAAAAAAUAUUAAGGCAUUGAGUAAAUUUUCUAAGAUGUUUAUUCAAAAUGUACCGUAUUAAUGACUACAUUUUUGUCAAUAGACUUUUUGUUUCUUUUCUUUUUCCCUGAUAUUAACAAAGACUGAUCACUGAACUGUCACCACAUAAUGUUUGUCUUAUUAGUUACAUCAUUGCUUCUUGAAUCAUGUUAUAAAUUACAAUUUUUAUCCUUAAUGAGGUCACAGGAAUGAGAUUUUUGAUGUUACAUGAUGUUAAAAAUGAAGAUGGGAUAAAAAACUUCUUCACAGAAAUCUAUGAAACCUAUGUAAAAGUAAGUUGAUUAUUGUUGUGCAUAGUUCAGAGGAUCUACAUUUUUUCAAGUCAUGGUGCAUUUUUUCCUUUAUGUUUUCCCCGACACAUCCUAUGUCAAGUUCUAUCGAAUUGCCUGCAAAAUAGUAAUUUUUUUUUUCACUUCGCAGUGCCCCUGUGAAAAAGUUUGGUAACCUUUGACCUAGUAAUUUCAUUUACGUUUGUAUUUUAUCUAAGUACAGGCCCUAUUUAUUUAUAUCUUGUCAAUAUUAUGAUUUAUCAUUAAGUUAGAUGGUUUCCAUCACUGUGGCGCUACAGCCCAUGUAGAGCUUUGGCCUACCUCACCACUUCCUUCCAUUCAGACCUAACAGAUGCUUUUCUUUUCCAUGCUUGGAGUCCCAGCUGCUGUAGAUCUUUUUCCACACCAUCCAUCCAUCUACGCCCAUGUGUGCCUUUGAGCCAUUUUCCUCUGUCAUUUUGACAUUCUUUCAGAAUGACAUUUUUUUAAAUUUCUGCUAUUAGCAUGGGAUUCUGAUAUAGUCUAUAUAAUUCCUGGUUAGUUCAUAUUCUCUAUCCAUAAUUAGAUGGUUUGAAUAAGAAUAACAAAAGCCAGUUCCUUAAAGUCCAUAAAAUUCCUUAAGUGGUAACACAGUAAUGUUCCUGUAAUGCUCAUACAUGUGCCAAACCUAGUUUAAUAACAAUCAUGUACUAGACUAGUAACAUAAUAGCAAUCAAAAUUGAAUGAAAAUAAAAACAAUUUGAUUUCUUCUUCUUUAAAUUUCAGUUCGCCAUGAACCCAUUCUAUGAAAUAAAUACUACAAUCAAAUCUGCUUCUUUUGACAAGAAAGCACAGUUCUUUGGUAAAAAAUACUUGUCUGGAUAGCCACUACGUAUAUCGGAGUAAUGAGAUUUAAUUAAACAGUUUUGUCAUUUAAAUAUUUUGUAGAGAAUGUGUAAUUGUAAUAAUAUUGCUUAAAAUCCAAAAUAGAUAACCCACUGUACUAUUUAGCAGAUGCAAAGUAGUUAGGGAAUAAAAAGUACUUUUAUGCUGUGGGUUUGUUGCUGAGAUUUCUGUGAUCACGUGCUACUAGCUGUACUAAAAAUUGGGCCAGCAAAUUUCUUUACUACAGGUUUCACAGAGUUGCCAAAUAUUGUAGGCUGGCAAUAUACAGCCAUAACCCUGUCAUAUCUUUAUCAUUGCGCAUGGGUUGUCAUCUGACAGGGCUUGUUGACAAAUUUUAAUUUUUAGUUGUAUUUGGUCGUGGAAAUAUAUUGAAGUUCGAAGAUUAAAAUUUGUGAAUUAAAUUUCAAGUUUGAUUUUAUUGGAGUGGGCAAGACAGGAAAGAUUGGAAGUACAAUAUCUUCAACUUGUUUUAAAAAAAAAAAUUAAUUAAUUAAAGAUAAUUCUCAACAUGGUUUCACCACUGAGAUUUGUGGCUGCAAAAAAUCCGCAGUGUGAAUUUACCUUAAUUGUGAUUGAUUCUCAAAUGCUAAUUGAUGGUUAUGCAUCUUAAAGGGGGAGGGUGGGGGCGCCCAAGACAGAUGACCUUUAGGGACAUAAACCACCACAGAUACAUUCCUGAUUUUGAAGUAUUUCAGAAAACUUUGGUUCCUGGUGUGGCUAAGCUAAUGUCACGCUUUGAAGGUUUACUCUGUGUUAAUAUAUUUUGUCAUUUUUAGAAAUGAACUGUGCAAUAAUAGAAGAAAUUGAAUUACUUGUUUUUGUGUGUUGCACACAAGAUUAUUUUGUUUAUACUAAUAAAACCCAUGUACUUUUCAUCUGCUUUCUGUAGAUUUUUUUUGUAAAGCUUUGCUGAACUCAAAAUUAAUUGCCUAUCCAUGAGGGUAUUAGGAGGUCAUCCACAUAAUUAUCUCAGUGAUGGUGUGGUUUGAUUCAAAAAUUUGGGUAAGGGGAGUGGUCCAAAUAUGCAGAGGCUACAAAAUCAUGAUAGUCCUAGAAUAUGAUUCUGUUCACAUUGCUGUCCAUAAUCAUCUGAUUUUAUGACAGAAGCUGUAAGCUCUUCUGACAUAGAAAUAUCGUACGGUCCUUAAUCUCAUGCAUGUUAGCUAGUGUCCUCUUAAUUAGAUGGUUGGCUUUUUUACCCAGCGUUCACCUCCUCCCAAAGAAUAGAGUGUCAUCUUCUGGACAGGUCCAUUCAAUGGGGUUGUUUAACCAUACAUUUGAAACCAAUACCUCUUGAUUUAGAAAGCAGAUACCAGAGCAGCCAUGAUUUUGAUUUUUAACUAACUUAUUGGUGCUAAAUCAUAAAUAUUACAUAUUGGAAACACACACAUUACAUUACAACUUAUUAAAAGAUUUAUCUAAUUGUUGAUGAAAGGAUGAAACAAACACAACAUUUUACAUUUUUUAAAAGUAUUUUUUAUUACCUGAAUAAAGAC